AUUCUUCACUAGAGUCUCAUCGAGUCUGGUUUUUCUUCACUUAUAGUUGAUACUCAUAACCUGACUAUUUACGCGUCAGUGGAACUGUAGACGUAAACAUUAUUACAAUGAAAUAGAUUUACACGCAUAAUUAAAAUAAUCCUUUCAGUAAACUCAGAGCCUCGCAUCAUCCAAACUUCCAUGAUACAUCAUCCACUACUCAUUAAAUAUACUAGAUUUAAGUUUCGCCGUAUUCAUUCCUUCCCAUUCACUACUACCCAUGUCAAGUCACCUUGCCCUCACUGACUCUUCUUCCUCCACUUUGACACGCCCCACAAGGUCAUCCUGGGAAACAUGACGUCCAUCGAGCGGCGCCACUAUUUCGGCAAUGGCAGCGACCCCGUGUUUUACCUUGCACGGCCUCGACUCAUACCCGCCAACGUCGCCCAGCAAGUCAGGUUGACCAUUAGUUCAGGGGACUUUCACCUUGACUCCGUGUUAGCGUCCGCGGAGGAUUUGCUGGCGGACCACCUCCUCGAAGAGAUUACUGUGAACGGCCAUACAAUAAAUCUCCAACACUGUCACUUCCGAGCCUCCAAUGCCACACACGUCAUCAGUGUCAACAAUUGCGACGGCCACGGACUGGACGGCAUCAUCGUGACACCAGACAAGGUGAUCGGCAUGCAUCCGAUACCCUCUCGUCUGGCACCCCUCAUCCAGCCUCUCUUGCCGCGUUCAUACUUCAGUCCUGCGCCCAAUGGCACAUACGGUGUGCACAUCCUGCACCUUGCCCCUAAGAGGACUGUGGGAGGUGGACGUGCUAAAAGGGAGGCGAUGAGAGGCCUCGACGAGGAGCUUUGUGCAACUGGACCGGAGCAUGACGUGUCAGCGCUGUUCCGAGGGGAGGACCCUGAGAACUAUCGCAGGCCGCCGAAGUUCCGCGACGUGACUGAACUUAUCGGUGACCUUGAUCUACAGAAUAUUGAAGAUACGCAGGACGCUCAUCUGGAGGACCACAACCACACCGUGACGGCUAACCCCGUGUCUGCUGUGCUGCGGCGGACCGUGGAGCUGGGCGUUUUCUGUGACAGUGACCUCUACAGAAACUUCCCACUCAAGUUUGACGGAAACAGAGAAUCACAGGUUUCCAACUAUGUCCUCACCAUUAUCAACGCUGUUCAAGGGAUCUACCACCAGCAGGAGCUUGAGGGAUAUGUGGUGGACUUGCGUUUGGUGGAGAUGGAAAUUUUAACAGAGAGUAACAGCAGAAACAACCCAAGUUCCAGUGGUGGAGAUAUUGGUGCAUACCUCAACUCAUUCUGUGCAUGGCAGCAGAAUAUGAACCCAGGAGAUGACACCAAUCCUAAACACUGGGACCAUGCACUCAUGCUUUCAGGGCUGGACCUUCACUCAUCUGGUAACCCCUCUGUGAUUGGUCUGGCAUGGGUUAGUGGCAUGUGUAGCCCCUCCCACUCCUGUACCAUGAAUGAGGGUCUUGACUUCAGCAGUGUGUAUGUUGUUGCCCAUGAAAUGGGACACAACUUUGGCAUGAACCAUGAUGGUCAAGGAGAUGCAAGUGCGUGCAGCAGUACAAGUUACAUCAUGUCACCCUCAGUAGGUCCUGGCAAGACUACAUGGUCUACUUGCUCUGCCAGAGUGCUGCACUCAUUUCUCAGCAAAAGUUCAUGUCUGGAUGAUGGGAAAGGCAGGGCAGGACGUGUUCAUGAAGACACUGAUAAGGAGGACCACAGAAUCAAGCAUUAUCUUAGAGAAGGCAUGCUGAAAGCUGAUAGGAAAGCUCAUGAGGUGAAGCUUGAGUCACUCCUAAGGUUGACUCCUGGUUACCAGUUUCCACUGACUGAACAGUGUAAGGCCAUGUAUGGACGGGACUAUCACCCAGCACUGACAAAAGAGGAUCUGUGCAAGUACCUGUACUGCACCAAUGGAGUGGUGACUCGUCCUGCUCACCCAGCUCUUGAAGGGUCCUUUUGUGGCUCCCAUAGGGUGUGCAUUGCUGGAAAGUGUAGGCAAGAGGAGGAGCUUGUAAACCUCUUGGCAUAUAAUAUUCCAAGUCCUGAUGAACCUAGUGAGCAACAGAGUGAGCCUUCAAGUUUGGAGGAAGACUUAUCAUCAUCAUCUACUACAAGUCCACCAGUGUCUUCUACCUCCUCCACAAUGGAAAUAUGUUCAGAAGAGUCAGAAUCAGAAGGGAAGCAUUGCAUUAAUGACAGCUCAAAAGUAUCCCCCUGUACCUGCGUCAUGGAUACCACUCCUCUUGAAAAUAUCGCCAACAUACCAAAAGAAAUUUGUCCGUUCUUGGCUCCAGUAUUUCAUGAAUUAUUUAACUGCAGCUCUGAAUGUCCUCAGUUUGACUUACACAUUGAUCUUACUUCUGGCAACUUUUCUCAGACAUUAAUUGGCCCAAAGCUUUUGAAAGAGUUGUCACAGUCAUGCAUCUUUGAUCGUUACAGCAUAGUCAUGGAUCGGGAUGGCAGCAAAAUGAGUGGCUCACUUCCCUUUCUUUUUCCUAUGAAUUCAGAAAUUUGUAAAGGACUCCCUUAUUUCCUUCAUCCAUCCAUUGGGUGUUCUUAUUUGGGAAGUGAAGAUCAGGGAUGUAUUCCUCAGAACAUCAUACUGAAAACACCAGAGCAGAACAUCAAUUAUAUACAUUCAAAAGAACAAAUAGAUGCAAGUAACAUGUGGAAAAUAAAAAAUUAUUCUCAGACAAGCAGUAAUAGAAUUUUUGAAGAAUUUGUGAAUAAUUAUACUUCCUUCACAAUACAAACAGGAGAAAAGAACCAGUUUAUUUAUUGUAACUUAGAGGCAACAUUUCCCAAGAUGCUGCAGGACUUACCUAGUGAUGUUUGUCCCUUCUUAGCUCCAUUUCUUCAUGGGCUGUUUAACUGCUCCAAAAAUGUUUGUGUGGAUUAUGUAAUUGUCAUACAUCUAAAGGAACAUAACAUCACUAAAGUACCCUUGAUGAGGCAUUCUCAAUCCCAUAAUACAUGUCCAGCCUGUUCACUUGAUGCAGAAGGUAUAUCUGACAUUCUGUUUAAGAUUAUAAAGGCUAUUCAUGACAUUUUAUCUGAAUCCACCUUUAUCUGCAAUUUGCUGCCAGUCUACUUAAAACCAUGGUUUCCUAGUUGUUCCUCAUUACCAUUGAUGGACUCUGUCCCUGAGGACACCUGUCCUCCUGUGGCAGUGGUGGUUAAGGUUGGCAAUACUACCUUUACCUACUCUUUAAGUUCAGAGAGUCGGCAUGAAGGUAUCAUGCACCAACUACAGUGGCAUGGAAAACUUUAUGAUCUGGAGAAUGUUACCAGUGGGAGGGAUCCAUUAACUUUGUUAAAGAAGCGAUAUUCAUUAGAUACUGGUAAUCAAAUUGUUAGAAAAUAUGAUUCCAAAGAACUACCCCUGAAUCUUCUUGAAAGUUCUCUCCAGGAGUAUGUUGGACAGAAAGACAGAUUCCUUCCCCUCAAUGCACCUGAGGCAAUGCCCCGCACCAAGGUAGGGAAGUGCAGUGUGACGUGUGGCCGGGGAGUGCGCAUUGUUGAGCAGGAAUGUGUUGAUGUCCAUACUGAAGAAGUACUUGACAGUGACUCCUGUCAAGGUUAUAUAGUACCCAAGCCAGCAAUAGAGGAAUGUGUAUUACCAGACUGCCUUCUUCCUCGAUGGAAAAUAGAGGAGUGGGGAGCCUGUCAGCAGUGCGGGACUGGUGUACAGUUCCGACAGGUACAAUGUACUAUUCCCAUUCUGGAAUCCCAGGCAGCAGAAGAUGGUACUGGUCAGGAAGUGAAUAACAUUAAUCUUGUGGCAAGCCCUGUCUUGGUGGUAGAGGACAAGCAGUGUGAGGGUGAGCGUCCUCCUAAUGUGCAAGAAUGCCACAAAAUCUGCACUGGAGAGCUUGAGGCGCCUGAGGACAGUAUUGAAAUUGCAAAGGACUUCGACUACUGAAGUGAUGAGAGACCAUCCCAUCUCUCAAAGGUAUUGAGUUGUUGCUGUUAUUACAGUAUAGAAUAUUGAACUGGUUGUGGAUGUUGUUUUCAAGUUUUCCCUAAGAUGUAAAAUUAGUGGAAGCCCAGACAAAAAAAUGUUGUUGUUACACUCAUUAUUAUUAAUGUGAUUCAUUUAAGUUUUCAAUUAGUAUGUGCAUUUAUUCAGAUCUUUCAACAUCCACUACUGUAGUUCAAAACCUUCUGGUUGUUUUGGAGAUAUUUUUGAGUGAAGCUGUUAAUUUACUUUUCUUAGAUUUUAUACAUGUAGCCUGUUCAUGUGACAGAUCCCUUGUAAAAAGAGAAUACAUAUUCCUCAAUCUUCUGGUUCUCUUAGGUUGUUUAUAUUAGCAGCAGUAGUUGUUGUAGUAGUAGAAGUACAGUCAUCAUAGCAACAAUAGUAAUAACAUCAGUUGUAAUAAGCUGCAAAAUGCAACAAGUAGCAGAACUUUGACUUGUUGUUCCUCCACAAGCAGAUGAUGCGGUGACUCAUUUCAUUUAGAGAACAAAUAUAUGGAUAGAUGGCUUACUGCUGCUAGCACAGUAAAGUUAGGUUGACCAUGGUGUUGUAUUUACCAAUGUCCACCAUUUCCUAUAGUGAUGGCAGAGCAAGGACAAAGUACAGUGUAAAUAUUUCUUUUCUUAGAGAUUAAUUAAAUUUACUGUUCAGACAAUGUACUAAAUUGUUUGUUUUUGCCUUACAUAUCUGUAAUGUUAAUAUAUAGAUACAAGUGAUGCAGUGAAUCACAAAUUCAUUAUUUUUAGUAAUUAUUUUUGUCAUAGUAUCAAGGUUUCACAAAUGUUUAUUGUGCAUCAUAGCUUAAGAUAAAUCUGGAUAGAUUUUAGAAUGUUUACAGUACACACCUAAAAUACAAUUGAAGUUAUUGAGUUACGACAAAGCAUUUAAGAAGAUGAGCACUGCACUGUGACUGUCCAUCACUUGUGAUCUUGAUACUGCUUAACCCUCCACCAUAUGUGCUGUGAAAAUCAAAGCUUUUCAUCUGCAUCAGCUGUCAUAUCUGUGCCAGGCUGUUCAGAUACAGUCUAUAUGCUAUAGAUACCUAUUCUCAUGCUUCUAUCCUCAGAGUUUGUAGAUAUUAUUGUUAUAGUUUCUAGCCAGUGACAUUUUUCUUGUGCAAACUCCUCAAAACCAGAUGAAUGUUUUAUUGUCUCCAUCACUCUGCACUUGGUAUUAUUUCAUAAGUUUACUCAUUCAUAGUAAAUGUACUUUAGACUACAGUUUUUAAUUCCAAACUUAAUACAUAUUUGAUUUAUUGAUGUUAUCAGUAUAAUUCUGUUAUCAAAACUUUUCUUUUUAAUACAAGUAGAAAAUUGUUACUCUGAAGGAUAAUUUUCAUCAGUUUACUGAAAGUAUAUCUUUCAAUAAAGUGGAAACCUAUCAAGGUAACCAGUUUCUUUGUAAAGUACAAUGAAAAUUUAUUCUAAUUAACAACUUCCUUAUUCUAAGACUGGAGAUUGUGUGUAGGUGUCAAAUAUGGGGGAGUUUAUGAAUAUAGUAGCAUAAAAAUUUUAAGAUAAUUACCAUUUUUAUAAUAUGUUUGCAGUUUUUUAUGCUGACCCAUGUAUUUCUCACCUUCUCAUACUGCACAAAGGUCCCCCCAAGAUUUUAGAAUGCAGAUGUUUAAUUUUUCUCACUUCAUGUGGUUUCUCCUGGUGUUUUGUGUCCUUAAUGUUCCACAUGUAUUCCAACCAAAAGAAAAGGUCUCACUCAA